AAUGCGACAAAAAGCUGUCGACCCCGCGCGAAACUACUGAAAGACACAAUAUCCUCCCGAGGACCUUUCACGACUAAAUUGAGAGCAUCCGUUGAGUAAUCCGCCCAGUCAUCGAUCCAUCAUGUCCGAUAGAGAGUUCAGUUCGAACGACGACCUGUCGCUCCCUAAAGCGACGGUCCAGAAGAUAAUCACAGAAAUCCUUCCUCCAUCCUCCGGUCAAACAUUUUCCAAAGAUGCACGCGACUUACUCAUGGAGUGCUGUGUCGAGUUCAUCACCCUGAUCUCCUCUGAAGCCAACGACAUCAGCGAGAAGGAAGCCAAGAAGACGAUUGCUUGCGAGCACGUGGAGAGGGCAUUGCGGGAUCUUGGGUUUGGGGAUUACAUUCCCGAUGUACUUGCUGUUGCAGACGAACACAAGGAGCAGUUGAAGUCACGAGAAAAGAAGCAAAGCAAGAUGGAACAAAGUGGGUUGUCCGAGGAGGAGCUUCUGCGACAGCAACAAGAGCUGUUUCGCUCUGCGACGGAGAAGUACAACGCUGCGGAAUAAGCACUGUCGGCUUUACACAUGUGGGAAUUUAAUAUGGAUGGACUCGUGCUGGUCAUAGAGGGAACGGACUUAUGGAGUUUUGUAUUUUCCGGGUCAGGAGAAGUAUUGGAGUUUCAAUGGUUACUUGGGUUUUCACUCAUGGUUCAAAAAUGGGAUGGUAGGGCUUUUAUUUUAUUUUAUUUUCGAUUUGAGUAUUCUUAUUCCCUGGCGCAUUAUGAUGUUUGGUCAUUUUGGCGAAUACACAUCCAUGAAGUCUCCAUAGUAGAAGUAGAGGUUCGAUAUAUAUCCGAUAGUUUUACGUACAGAGUAAGAUGACCAAGACACAACCAACCGCUAACUGACUAUUAAUGAAGCAUGUUUGCUCAGUAC